AUGCAAAGCGAAGAAGGAGCAAUGGCCAUGUUAUGUAUGUGGAAGAACCAACCAUCUCGCUCGAGAUUGCUACUACAAAGGACUAAGGAGUACAAGCUUAAACACAAGUUUCAAAAGGAUGAAGUAAACAUGUUGAAGGAUGGUGAACAUUCCAUUAGGCUCACACUAUCAUUCCUGCAUUGCUCUGCUCUCUCCGUCUUUGCACAUCGGUUUUAUAGGCUAGGGUUUAACAGCUAUUUUUUUUUCUUUUACUCAGAAGCUUUAAAAACAAGAUCUAAAAUGGGAAAGGAGAAGGUUCACAUCAACAUUGUGGUCAUUGGCCACGUCGACUCAGGGAAGUCAACAACUACUGGACAUCUCAUCUACAAGCUUGGAGGCAUUGACAAGCGUGUGAUUGAGAGAUUCGAAAAGGAAGCUGCUGAGAUGAAUAAGAGGUCUUUCAAGUAUGCCUGGGUGCUUGACAAGCUCAAGGCUGAGCGGGAGCGUGGUAUCACCAUUGAUAUUGCCCUGUGGAAGUUUGAGACCACCAAGUACUACUGCACUGUCAUUGAUGCUCCUGGACAUCGUGAUUUCAUUAAGAAUAUGAUUACUGGUACUUCCCAGGCUGACUGUGCUGUGCUUAUCAUUGAUUCCACCACUGGUGGUUUUGAGGCUGGUAUUUCUAAGGAUGGCCAGACCCGUGAACAUGCUCUCCUUGCUUUCACACUUGGUGUGAAGCAAAUGAUCUGCUGCUGUAACAAGAUGGAUGCUACAACUCCCAAGUACUCCAAGGCAAGAUAUGAUGAAAUUGUCAAGGAAGUCUCUUCCUACCUGAAGAAGGUUGGGUACAAUCCGGACAAAAUUCCUUUUGUGCCUAUCUCUGGUUUUGAGGGUGAUAACAUGAUUGAGAGAUCCACGAACCUCGACUGGUACAAGGGCCCAACCCUCCUUGAGGCACUUGACCAAAUCCAGGAACCGAAGAGGCCCACAGACAAGCCCCUGCGUCUGCCACUUCAGGAUGUCUACAAGAUUGGAGGCAUUGGUACUGUCCCCGUGGGAAGAGUUGAAACUGGUGUCCUGAAACCUGGUACGGUUGUUACCUUUGGACCAACUGGUCUGACAACUGAAGUUAAGUCCGUUGAAAUGCAUCAUGAAGCCCUCUCUGAAGCCCUCCCCGGUGAUAAUGUUGGCUUCAAUGUCAAGAACGUUGCUGUUAAGGAUCUUAAACGUGGAUAUGUUGCAUCUGACUCAAAGAAUGACCCUGCCAAGGGUACUGAAAGCUUUACAUCCCAGGUCAUUAUAAUGAACCACCCAGGUCAAAUUGGAAAUGGUUAUGCCCCUGUUCUUGACUGUCACACCUCUCACAUUGCUGUCAAAUUCGCUGAGCUCCUUACCAAGAUUGACAGGCGGUCUGGUAAAGAGCUUGAGAAGGAACCCAAAUUCUUGAAGAAUGGUGAUGCUGGGAUGGUGAAGAUGAUUCCAACCAAGCCCAUGGUGGUGGAGACUUUCUCCGAGUACCCCCCUCUUGGACGAUUUGCUGUGAGGGACAUGCGCCAGACUGUUGCUGUUGGAGUUAUCAAGAAUGUUGACAAGAAGGAGCCAUCAGGUGCCAAGGUGACCAAGGCUGCUGCCAAGAAGGGUGCCAAGUGA